CCCGUACAGGAGAAAAGGCGUGACUGUCCUAGCUACUGCAGCACGUGCCUUGAGGUGAUGCGGAGGUUUUUGUUACUCUAUGCCACGCAGCAUGGGCAGGCCAAGGCCAUAGCCGAGGAAAUACGGGAGAAGGCAGUCGCACGUGGCUUUUCUGCAGAUCUUCACUGUAUGAGUGAAACGGAUAAGUACGAUCUGAAAACCGAAACAGCGCCCCUCGUGGUGGUGGUUUCGACCACGGGCACCGGAGACCCGCCCGACACAGCCCGCAGGUUCGUGAAGGCGAUAAACGACAAGACGCUGCCGGUGGAUUUCUUUGCUCACCUGCGGUACGGUUUAUUAGGUCUGGGGGACUCAGAGUACACCUACUUCUGUAAUGGGGGGAAGGUGAUCGACAGACGGCUCCAGGAGCUUGGUGCCCGGCGUUUCUAUGACACUGGACAUGCGGAUGACUGCGUGGGUUUAGAACUUGUGGUCGAGCCGUGGAUUGACGGGCUCUGGGCUGCCCUCGCGAAGCUUUUCGUGUCAAGUAGCGAAGGAGAGAUGAGUGGAGCUCUCACGGCGGCACCUGGAGCCUCCGGGACGACAGACGCAGCGAAACCGGAAUUAAUCCACGUCGAAUCACAAGUCGAACUUCUCCGAUUGGAUGAUCCAGGAGGAAAGGAUUCUGAGGUUUCGGAACAAAAUGGAGCGAGCAGAGGUCAAUCGAGUGCUUUGACUGCAGACUUCGAGCCCUCGCUUACCCGGUCCGUGCCCCCGCUUUCCCAGGCCUCUCUGAAUAUUCCCGCUUUGCCACCGGACUAUUUACAGGUGCAUCUGCAGGAGCCUGUUGGCCAGGAGGAAUGCCAAGCAUCCGUGCCUUCAGUGGAUCCAAUUUUUCAAGUUCCCAUUUCAAAGGCUGUUCAGCUGACUACGAACGAUGCCAUAAAAACCACUUUUCUGGUGGAAUUGGACAUUUCAAAAACAGAUUUUUCCUAUCAGCCUGGAGAUGCCUUCAACAUCAUCUGUCCCAACAGUGACUCUGAGGUACAGAGUCUGCUCCAAAGACUGCAGCUCACGGACCAAAGGGAGCACCAUGUCCUCUUGAAGAUUAAAGCGGACACCAAGAAGAGAGGAGCAGCCUUGCCUCAGCACAUACCUGAGAAAUGUUCUCUCCAAUUCAUUCUUACCUGGUGCCUUGAAAUACGAGCAAUUCCUAAAAAGGCGCUGUUGCGGGCCCUGGCGGACUGCGCCGGCGACGCGGCGGAGAGGCGGAGGCUGCAGGAGCUGAGCAGCAGCCAGGGGGCUGCCGACUACACCCGCUUCGUGAGGGGCGCCCGAGCCAGCCUGCUGGACCUCCUGCUGGCCUUCCCGUCCUGCCAGCCGCCGCUCGGCCUCCUGCUCGAACAUCUUCCUAAGCUCCAGCCCAGACCAUAUUCAUGCGCAAGAUAUCCAUCUCUCCUCGCGCAGCAAAUUCUUUCCACUUACCGAGGGACCCGUCGGUCCCCGUGGUCAUGGUGGGCCCAGGAGCCGGCAUUGCGCCCUUCAUCGGCUUCCUGCAGCACAGAGAGAAACUCCAGGAACAGCACCCAGACGGACACUUCGGAGCGACGUGGCUGUUCUUCGGCUGCCGACAUCGGGACCGGGAUUACUUAUUCAGGUACUGCCCGGUUCCGGUUCCGGUUCCGGUUCCGG